AUGGGUAACAUCUGCGGAAAGACAGAGCCAGAGGCUUUCUCGCAACCCGGCAGAGUCUUGGGUUCCGCUCCCGCUCCAGCCGCUGGCACAGCGCCGGUUCCGAAAAAGGUCGGAGGCCCGCCAAGGACUUUGGGAAGUGGCCCAGCUGCGGAAGCUUCAGGAGAUACGGAUGACGCCCGGAGGAAAGCCGCGGAAGCUGCAGAGGCGCGCGCAAAAGCAUCCUUAAAGCCUGGUGGAAAGUUGCAGACACAACUAGCAGCACAGAAGAAACAGACACGUUCAGAAACCCUCAAGGACGCUAGCCAAGAGCAGCUGCGAGCGCGCGAGGCCGAUCAAGCAGCCGAAGCAAGAAAUUGGGCAUGA